AAACCUGUGUGCUCCUGAGACACAUCACUACCAUGAGUGGGUGCCCGUUUUCAGGAAACAGUGUAGGAUAUACUUUGAAAAACUUAUCUAUGGAAGACAAUGAAGAAGACGGAGCUCAGACUGGUGUAAACAGAGCCAGCAAAGGAGGACUUAUCUAUGGGGACUACUUGCAGUUGGAGAAGAUUUUGAAUGCACAAGAACUUCAAAGUGAAAUCAAAGGGAAUAAAAUCCAUGAUGAGCACCUCUUUAUUAUAACUCAUCAAGCUUAUGAACUUUGGUUUAAACAAAUUCUCUGGGAACUAGAUUCUGUUCGUGAGAUUUUUCAAAAUGGCCAUGUCAGGGAUGAGAGGAACAUGCUCAAGGUGAUGACUCGGAUGCACCGUGUGGUGGUCAUCUUCAAGCUCCUGGUACAACAGUUCUCGGUUCUGGAAACAAUGACUGCCUUGGACUUCAAUGACUUCAGAGAGUACCUGUCUCCAGCAUCAGGCUUCCAGAGUCUACAGUUCCGGCUGCUAGAAAAUAAGAUAGGUGUUCUUCAGAGCUUGAGAGUCCCUUACAACAGGAAACACUAUCGUGAUAACUUUGAAGGCAACUACAAUGAGCUGCUGCUGAAAUCAGAGCAGGAGCAGACGCUAUUGCAACUGGUGGAGGCAUGGCUGGAACGAACGCCUGGCUUAGAGCCACAUGGAUUCAAUUUCUGGGGAAAGUUUGAAAAAAAUAUCUUGAAGGGUCUGGAAGAGGAGUUCCUAAAGAUCCAGGCUAAAAAGGACUCUGAAGAAAAAGAGGAACAGAUGGCAGAGUUCCGGAAGCAGAAAGAGGUGCUGCUCUGCUUGUUCGACGAGAAGCGUCAUGACUACCUUCUGAGUAAAGGUGAACGACGACUGUCAUACCGUGCACUCCAGGGAGCACUGAUGAUAUAUUUUUACAGGGAGGAACCUCGAUUCCAGGUCCCUUUCCAGUUGCUGACCUCACUUAUGGACAUCGACACACUCAUGACCAAAUGGAGAUAUAAUCAUGUGUGCAUGGUGCACAGGAUGCUAGGCAGCAAGGCUGGCACUGGGGGAUCCUCAGGCUAUUAUUAUCUGCGCUCAACUGUGAGCGACAGGUACAAGGUGUUCGUGGAUUUAUUUAACCUCUCAACGUACCUGGUUCCCCGACACUGGAUACCAAAGAUGAAUCCGAUCAUUCACAAGUUCCUUUACACAGCUGAGUACAGCGACAGCUCCUACUUCAGCAGCGAUGAAUCAGACUGAGUUCUUCUGAACAUCAGUCCAGACUACAGGAUUCCCAGUCGACUUUUAUUUUAUAAAUUUUUACAAAUACAUGAUUGGUGUAACAUAUUUAUAUUUGUGGUCCAAUCCUGGAAAAAUUAUGAUUUCGCAUAUCAUGAUGAUAUAUGAUUAAGCAGAUUAAGCAUUAUGAUAAAAAUAACUUGGUAAAAUGUUAGCAUCAUCAUACAUAUGAUGUAUUCUUGUUAUAACUCAAUUUACCCUGACACUUACCUCCAUAGAAACACUUUAAGUAAUUAGUUCCUUAUUGCUUCAUACUUUAUAAAGCUUGGUGAGCAGUUCUUUUAUAUUAUAGAUGCAAUAAAUACUAUUCUUCUGUACAAAAUUUAUUCAAACGAAUCUUUAAUUAAUAAAUUUAGUUUUUGUCUGCGCAUUGCUUG